UGAUUAGAAGAAGAGAUAAUAUGAAUAUUUUGAAUAAUUCAGUCGAUGCAGGACAAAAUUCGUUCAGACUGGAUCAUUUUUAGCACACAUAGUUUACACCAUGCUGAAAGAAGUGCUUCUAGGGAGGCAGAAACUGUGAGAGGUCAACAGAGAAAGAUCUCUAUAAUUGACCAACCCUUGGUUAAUUCCACUAUUGAUGAUAGCUUAUGUCAGUUCGACCAGAGACGGAGUAUUUAUACUCUAAGAGAAAACACCAAACGAUCAUCCAGAAGGUAUUGCUCAAGGGCCCAAACUGCUAAGAAGAAAUAUAAACCUUCCGUUCGGGACAUGACAAUCACGGAUAGGUCACAUAAUGAGUUUUUUGGCAUUAAGGGUUAUAAGGCUCCUAGGAAUUUGAUUGAGAAAAGUACUGACAGCAAGCGUAUGAUCUCUUCCUUCAACAGAGCUAAGAUAUUAUCAAUGUUUCAAGUUCAAGCAGACGAGAAGAAGAAAAUCCCUGCUCCUUGUGCCUACUCCUCAAUGAUAAAAUGGGACAAAGAGACUAUCGAGGGAGGUUUCUUGAACAAGAAGAAGAGAGUCACUCUUUAUGAUGAACUUAUUAGGAAAUCUAAAGAGUCUCCAGGUGUUGGGAAAUACAAAUGGAACAAACCCUUCAAGUUGAGAGGGUACUCAAGAGAAAGAUCAAGAAGAGUCACUUUUAUUGAUGAAAUGAAGGUCCAUGGCAAAGAAAUACCUGGCCCUAAGUAUAUUAAAGAUAGAGGAAUAAAAAAAAGUAAGUACAAAUUUGGAGACUCUGCUGUGCUGAAAUAACUCCCCAAAUUACACAUUCAGAAAGUUAAAGAAGAAUAAAGGGAAGAUUCAGCCUUCCUCAACAUUUAUUAAGGAGGAGAAUGGUCUUUUAGUGAGUAAAUAAAGUAUCUCCUGCUUAUUAUAAGGCCAACGAGGCUUUUCUGAAAACUCAGAAAAUAGUUAAAUAACAAAUGUAUCUUCAACAAGAACAAGGAGAAGAGAUAUUUCGAUAGAAUAGUAGAGGACAAGAAGAAGAUCCCUGGAGUUGCGAAGGACAAGUUCACAUCCCGACCAGUAACCUCAAAGAGUAGAUCCAUAGGUAGAAAAUAAAUUAUUCAAUAUAUUUUAUAA